AUGCACGCCCUUCGCCGGUGGAACACGGGGUUUUCGAUGCCGGUUUCGCAGGCCGUGCAGUGGCUGGUCUCCCGCUGCCCCUGUACCCCUGACCUUUGCUGCCAGACCAUCAUCCAGUACGUGGAAGAUGGGGUCGCCCGUGAGUUUAGUGGCCGGUUCUUCCGUGACCGAAGAGAGAGGCGGCUGGGGGGCCUGGCCUCGCAGGAGCCCGGUGCCAUCAUCAAGCUAUUCAACAGUGUGCUGCACUUCCUGGCCUCUGUGGUGUCCUCUGAGCGGCUCUGCGACCUGUCCUGGCCCGUCACCGAGUUUGCUGAGGCAGGGGGCAGCGGGCUGCUUCCUCACCUGCACUGGAACGCCCCAGAGCACCUGGCCUGGCUGAAGCAGGCUGUGCUGGGCUUCCAGCUCCCACAGAUGGACCUGCCGCCUGCGGGGGCUCCCUGGCUUCCCGUGUGCUCCAUGGUUACCCAGUACGCCUCCCAGAUCCCCAGCUGCCACCAGACGCAACCCGUCCUCCAGUGUGAGGUGCAGAAUCUGCUCCGAAGAGCCUACAGCAGGUGGAAGAGCAAGAGCCCUUUCCUGGCCCAGGGGGCGGGGCCCUCGGUCGCUGAGAUUCCAUGGGACGACAUCAUUGCCUUGUGCGUCCACCACAAGCUGAGGGACUGGACACCCCCCAGGCUCCCCAUCACGUCAGGUAGUUAAUGCGUGGCGCUGCUGUGGGGCUGCCUCCCCGGGAGACUCCACUGGUCCAGUUCAGCAACGAGAGAUGUUUACUCGGGUUUGUUCUUUUUCUGUGGGUCACCGUCCUCCAUUUCCUUAGCACUCCCUCUUCAAGCCAGUGACUUCCAGUGACUUGUAGACAUUGGGGAGAGCUAAGACCGAUCUAAGAGAGUCUGUACUCCCCCUGGGCUGGCUCUAAGUUAGAAUUCUGCGGCUCCGGGCAACCUGCUGCCAUUGCAGUCUGGAGUCUGGGCAUGAGCCUGUGGACCUGGAAGGGCUCACAGGUGCCGGCAGCGCAUUUGGCUCAAAUGGGAGUGACAUAUUGUGUGAGUUCAGUCCGAAGGGCUUGUCCUUCAAUCAGGGAGUUUAAGUAAAUGUCAAGUGGUCACCUGUUA